UCUCCCCACUUUUAUACGAGCGAUUAAAAUUAAAACCCUCAAGAAAUAAAUCGAAAAAGAUAGGGUUUCAUUAUUGACAUUGACAACAAGCGAGAAAAUUGAAAACCCAUAAUAUGAUAUGAUAUGAUUUUUGAACUGUUACACCGUCAAAUUCGUAGCAUUUGUAGAUCUGUUUUUAGUUUUUUUUACAGAUCGGUGUCCAAAGCCAUGGGCUGUUUCUUCCGUUGCUUUCGUCUGAAAGACGACCGUUCUCGUAUCUCUCAUUCUACCAUCCCUAGAUACACUGAGCCUGUGGUUUCCAAGAAUCGGUUGUCCGCUCUAUUUUUAUCUGAAGAGAAAGAAGAGUCUUGGAGUAGGGGAGACCAGCGUGUUGGAACUCCGCAGAUAGAAAAGGGGCUUAAGGACGAGGAUUUAGAAGGAGGGAUACAAAGAGAAAAGUGGCUCCUGCAUAAAAAAGCCAAGUUUCUUAAAGCUUGUGGUAUUUUACCUGAGACUCCAGCUGAAAUCAGGAAAGCAUCUGAGAAAUUUGACGGUUCACCUUCUCAUGAUAAAGAAUCAGAGCCCUCGAAAUUUCAUUCAUGGCUUCCUAAUACAUCCAUCAAGAAACUUCAGCUGGAUAGACAAUGUGAUCAGCCUCUUACUCCCACCAAACUUUUUGAAGAGUGCGGAAUGGAAUCAGCUUCUUCGCCAAGCAGCUGUAUAUCAAAUUUACAACAUUCCGGAAGGUGCUCUGUUGAAGGAAGUGAUGUAGGGAGUGCUAAUGUAGCAGUGCAGGCCCAUGCUAUUCAGACUGAAAACGUUACAACAUUUCUUUCACCUUGGGUUUCAGGCUCAAAUGUCCAGGGCAAGAGCAAAUCUGUUCGUUUUGAAUGUGACUUUGACGUUUCUUCAUCUGGAAAUUUUAGCCAAAAUUCCAAACAUAAGUCCCCAGGCGCUGAGAGUGUGCCAAAGCCUUCACCAAAUCCAACCCCAUUAAAGUUAUCUGAUGAUAUGCAAACUCCUGGGACUGUGUAUCCUUCAGACCUUAAAAGUUUAGCUAAUGGGAAGUCUCGGAUAAGGUCUCAGUAUGUAUAUUCAGACCCAGUUGAGAAUGAUUCUCAGUGGAAAGCGUUGAAAGCAGGUGAUGUUGACUCUCAUCAACAACCAAGUGAGUUGAGAGAAUCUCUUGAACAGUCGGAAGAUUUUACUCCUAUGUCAAAUCAGGGGAUAAAAGAAACCUCUAUCUGUAAAGACUUGAAGGUGGAAGCAAGCUUGUCUGCUUGGUUGAAGCCACCGGCGUCCACUCUCAAUGAGGACAAUAAAAAUCUUGGAGUUGGUUUCAGUCGAAACCGUUAUCUUCGUAGAACUCCAUCAGACAGGCCUAUCAUCGGGAUGGUGGCUGCUCACUGGAGUGAGGAAGAGACUCCACAAGUUCAGCCCAAGUGGUGGGAUGGGAAUGGCAUCCCAAAUUCAACUAAUAAAUACAAGGAGGAUCAGAAAGUUAGUUGGCAUGCAACACCAUUUGAGGAGAGGUUAGAAAAGGCAUUGUCUGAAGAGAGUUCCAUUUCUCAAAGAAAGAAUAUAGACCGGAAUCCGAUGGCUUCGGAUGAGAAUGAAGAAAGUGAUACUGCUCUUUCUAAGUUGCGGUCCUCCGCACAUUCUAAGUCGGUUGUUUCAUGCUGAUGUCUUUCCAAUGUCCUGCUCUCGAGUUUGGGAUUGAUCGGUCAAUAUAAUGGAGUUUUGUGGAGUGUGAAUACAAGUCUACAAUUUGAAACAUCUUGGUUGGUGAGCAACGAUUUAUUGAACAAGGCUGUUUCUGGAUUGUGUAUGCAGUUCUUCUAAGCGUCCUGAUGAGAUGUAAAUCAGUAAUGCAACUCUUUUCAUCACUGAUGUGAUCCGCGGGUUUUCUGAAUCAAUUUCAGUUUCAUUUUAAUUUAUACAUAUUUGCUAAUGUUUUGGUUGGCAUGCUUUUAAAGACUGAAAUUGAAUGUCAACUGCGAUAAGCUCGUAAUUAAAUGUGCUUUGCUUAUGCUAUCUUUUUUUUGUUUUUGUUGGACUAUUAUCUAAAUUGUUACUACUAGCCAUUGAACUCCAGGUUAGAAUUGGCAAGCGGAUGGGUUUUCUAUGGGUAUAAGAAAAAAAAAAGUUGAUUAUAAUUUUUCAUUAGACCUCAUUCCAAUACACAUGAGGAAUACUUGAACCUACAAGACAUCUUCGCUCGAGCCGACCCAUGUUGAACUCACCCAUUUCGAUUGGGCCCAUACCUAUCUGGCCCGUCAGCCCGUUUGUUGGGUCUACUAGAAGGUACCAUUUGCCUUGCCUUGCCCUUAUGGGGUUAUCAAGUAAAAUAGAGGAAAACUAAGGUGCAAAUAGUAAUAUCUGGAAAUGCAAGGAUCGGUUGGAAAUCCUAAGAUCGUUUAAAUGAAGCUGCAAACAACACGACUCGACUGCUGUUUAGGUGAGGGUUAGGGUUUUAGAAGAAAGAUGGAGAGAAAGAAGGCAAACACUUGAAGCGGCGAUCAACAUGUGGAUACGAAAACCUGAGGGGAUCAUGAUGUUGUUCAAUUAUUGUAUUAAUUGAUAGUUUUCAAUCUGAAUUCAAGUAUUUGCCGCUCGUGUUCCUUCGUUUCUCAAAAUCUCUCAGCAUUUUCCUUAAUCCUUCCCUUUGAGCCUCGUGAUGAUGAGCUCUAAGCUCUGAAGGUU